AACAGAUUUGGAAAAUGUGUUUUACCAUCUGGUUCACCUUUACUGCGACAAUUGUGAACUUUCCAAAUACCACAGGUGACGUAAGACGAAUAAAUUUCCCAAUGAGCGAUACAUAUUGGAUUCCAGUGAUGUGUUUUCUAAACUUCAAUACAUUCGCAGUCGUAGGAACUUUGCCGUCCAGACGUUUUAAAUAUCCUACAGUGAAGUAUAUUUGGUUAAUAGCAAUUAUCAGAGGCCUGAUCUGUUUUCCAUUCUUCAUGUUUUGCAACUAUUUACCAGAACAGCGGACAUUUCCUGUGUACUUCUCAAAUGAUUAUGUGUAUAUUAUUGGCAUUGUAUUACUUGCCUCAACCAAUGCUCACUUUACGACGCUAGCUUUCCAAUAUGGGCCAACGUUGCUGAAAAGUGAUGAAGUUGUAAUUGGUGGAAUGAUGCUGAAUAUUUUCUUGUAUCUUGGAAUUCUAUCUGGUGGCUUUUUAUCAUUUUUGUAUCCUUACAUCGUGAAGAACAUCGGCAGUUCUACCCUAGUGAAUGAUGAUUCGGAUGCGCUGAACUUUUGAGAAAACACUGCAGGAAUUUGAGGAUUUGUUGUUUUCAUCAUUGUUCAUCUGAUCUCUUUUUGUAUAUAGAAAAUUCCGAGACGCCAAAAGACCAAAUACCAAAAACAAAUUAUUUUUAACGAAAUUCCUCGUUACCGAAAUUAACUUUUUACAUAAACAAAUGGUCUAUGUUAAAAGUAAUUUUGUUUGAGAGGAAAUUAGAUUGCGUGGGUUUGCUAUCAUUGUCAUAUCAUUAGCGACAUGAAAUUAGCUAAAACAAUUAUAACCAAGAAUUCAUGACUACAAAACACCCCCCCCCCCCCAAAAAAAAAAUACAUAAUGAAAAAAUAAUAUCAAAUUAGUUUUCCUAGCCUAGAAAAAUUUUCCCACAAACAAUUAACAUUUUUAAAUACUCCAUCAAGAUAGAGUAUUUUAAUAGGAAAUAGUUAAGUAUUGUUGCAACAUACAUAUAGAGCAGAAAAUAGUCUGCGUUGUACAUGUUAGGGAUUUUGAACGUUGAUUUCCCAUCAAAUGGAUAUUGGUUCCUAUUUUGUAUAUUAAGCCAUUUGAUAUUUUUGGAUUACGAUUACUAUUUUGCAAUCACUUCAUCAUAUAGCAUUUCAAAGAGCAUGAAAUCAAAAUACGAGUAUGUAUUAAGAUGCAUGCAUACGUGCAUACAUACAUACAUGCAUACAUACAUACAUACAUACAUACAUACAUACAUACAUACAUACAUACAUACAUACAUACAUACAUAUAUACACGCACAGCAUAUAUGUGUGUACGUGUAUGUCAUAGUUAUUUCAUUCAUUCCGUUUCUUUAAUUUACAAAAAGAUACUAUCUUAGCACCGACCACCGCUGGGAUCGUUAUACAUUCUCGGUGAUAAAACAUCUCGCUCACAUGAACUAAAAUAUUAAUUCUUAGGUUCGUAUGCAUUUAGGUACUAAGUAUAUGUGUAAUAGCUAUAUUUGUAUAUACUGUGUGUAUGUGGGUACGAGUAUAAAGUAUGCAUAUGUACACAUAUAGGCGCAGGCAUGGCAGUGUGGUAAGAAGUUGCUUCCCAACUACAUGGUCUCAGCUUCAGUUCCAUUUGACAGCCGUAGUUGGUGUGUUUACGUUCCCGUAACUUAGUGGUUCGGUAAAACAGACUGAUAGAAUAAGUACCAGGCUUAAAAGAUAUGUACUGGGGUCGAUUCGUUCGACCAAAAUUCCCCAAGGUGCCCCUUUUAUCUAAUAACUGAAGCAAGUAAAAGAUAAAAGAUAAGGAGAAACAGUUCAGUUGGGAGAGCAUUAGAGUGAAGAUCUAAAGGUCCUUGGUUCAAUCCUGGGUUCCAGCAUCUGGUGGCUAGUCUCUUAGUCUUUUAGAUGCAGAGGUGGCUGUAUGAUAAAAAUUUUGCUUCCCAACCAUAUUGUUCCACAUUCAGUUUCACUGCGCGGUUCCUUGGGUUCAACUAUCACUUAAAUACUAUAGCCCUGGGCCGACCAAUGCUUUGUGGGAGGAUUUGAUAAACGGAUAGAUAUGUGUGUGUGUUUGUGAGCAUGUAUGUAUGUAUGUAUAUUUCUGUGUGUGAGUCUUUGAGUAUGUUUGUCCUACAUCAACAUUGUUGGUUUAUUUUUGUCCCUGUAACAUAGCGGUUCGGUUAAAGAGACAGAUAAAAUAAGAACCAGGCUAAAGUGUAAAUAAGUAUUAGCGUCGAGUUGUUCGACUAAACCCUCCAAGGCGGUGCCCCAGCAUGGCUGUAGUCCAAUGACUGAAACAAGUAAAUGAUAAGAAAUAGAAAGGUUCAAAUGAAUAUAUAUUUUCCCCGAAUUUGUAUGAAUGUGUAUAGAAUAAUAUAUCAGUUGAUUCUGGUUUUCACGUUUUUAUUAUGGUAUUUUAACAUUAAAAAAAUAUUUUGUAAUGUUCAUAAAGUUUAAUUGGCGCUUUCAUACGUUCCUAGUAAUCAUCAGAUUUCAAAAUGUAUUUUACUGACAGUUGAGUUCUUGACAACUGUAUAUGAACAUUACAAAAUAUUUUUUUAAUGCUAAAAUACCAUAAUAAAAAAUCCUGAUAUAUAUAUAUAUUCUUUUUUCUCUUUUGUACGUUUCCACCAAAAGGCUGUGGCCAUGCUGGAGUACCGCCGGUGUAAUCCCCUUUGCAAAAUAUUAUAAACACCAUGAAAUUUCGUCACAUAGAGAAAGACAUUUUGGAUGUAAUAUGCACGUUUCUUACCCCUAUAUAAUUUUACACCUUCCUAAGCUUUAAAUUUCACAGUGAUAUAACAAUUUAGAUUAGUGUCAACAUUAAUCUAACACUUUUCGUAUCAUUAGAUUUAACUUGAACUAAGUUAUUUACUUACAUCGUGAAGAACGUCGGCAGUUCUACCCUAGUGAAUGUUGAUUCUGAUGCGCUGAACUUUUGAGAAAACACUGCAGAAAUUUGGGGAUAUAUGUGUGUGUGUGUGUGUGUGUGUAUUGUAUGUAUGUAUAUAUAUACACACACAAAUACAUAUAUCCUCUACUUUCUGUCAAAAUGAUUCAAAACAUUUAAAAACGUAUCCUUCGAUUAAUAUUUUCAUUUCUUUUUGUGUGUAUAUCAUUUUAUUCUGUUCUUCUCGGUACGUAUUUAUUUUCAAGUAACUUAUUAAUACUUCAUUACAUUAUGCAUGCUAGUUGCAUUUUUGUGUUGUACUAGUAUUAAAAUAUAAAUUAAAUACAGUAGUAAUCGGGAUGUUUAUGUCAGUCUAUAGUAACGAGAUAUCCUAAGUUAUAAAUCCUAAGAACAACAAAACAAAAAUGGGUGCCAUGUAAUUAAUUUUACGUUUAAGAAAGAAAGAGAGGAAAGAACAUGUUUCGAACUGCGGUUCUUCGUCAUUAAGAAACGGUAAAGAAAAUCGUAGAGGACAAAUUUCUGUAGAAACGGUGUUUUACGAUGAAAGUCAUAUGGCGUAAUGAAUUAAAUGAAGCGUAUAAAGAAGAAUGGUGCUUUUCAGCCAAACGAAAUAAUGUACAAAGGUAAGCUUGUGUGUGUACAUGGGGAAGAGGCUAUAGGGCCAAUAGGGGUAAGUUGUGAGAGUACGUUCUGUGAGUGUAGGUAAAUGUGUUCGACAACGUGAGCGCCUAGUCCACCGAUCCUUUAGAGAGACUCGGUGAACUGGUGAAGAUCUGGGUCUCUGUACAUCCAGCAAACACAUUGGCAUAUUUAAAAUCUUCCUGGUUUCCACGAUCGUCCAGUGACCGGCUCAAUAAAGAAAAAGCAAUUGAGGAUAAGGACGUGUUCGGUUAAGCAGAAAAGUGUAUUGAGCUUGAUCAUGGAGCAAGGGUCAAUGAAGUAUUUUAAGGCUAAGAGAACAUCCUCAUGAAGGAAGACAAUUUUAAAGGACUUGAUGUUUAUAUUGAAAAGGAACCGGGCUUACGGGUGAAAGAGAAGGACUUAAGGUGGUGGUGGGCGUAGCUGAUGUCGUGGAUGUGCAAUGGAAAGGCUACAAUCAAAAGGGAAAAAAUUGCUCUAGGUAUUUGAUAGUGAGUUCAGUAAGACACUUGCAUUUGGAAACAAUGUAGUACCUUUGUGGACUGCACAGAACGGUAUUUCUUGUACUAAAUACUGAUUAGGUGGAUUGUCUGUCGCAGAUUGACUGAACGUUUAAGGAAGAGCCCCUUUUAUACACCCAAUGUAACUACACAGGACCACUUCGACUUGUGACACGUGACUAACCACACCACGCUAUUUCGCAUCUUGGAUCAACUACUUACCGCUUGCACCGUGAACAAUAGCCAACCAUCUUUCUACACAGAGCUUGUCCAACUGAUAUUAAUAACCAGCAUUUGCACUUCACAUUUCCUUCUUCUCCACACACUAACAAGCAUGACCAUUAGCCAUUUAUUGCGCGCGCACACACUCACGCACACACACACACACACACACAUACUUACAUAUGCACUUCUACCAUUAUGUUUCAUUCAUGCUAAAUACUCACCAGACAUUCAUAUUACAUGCUCAUACGCUUCAUGCCACAAAUGCAUACGCGCCUACACAUACAUGCAAGCAUAUUCUCAUACUUUAUCUGUCUUGGCUCUAUCAUACAUGCACAUACACCUUUCACAUACGUGCACAUUCUUUGGUUAAAAUAAUACCCUUUGGCUGAAAAACACCCCACAAGUCUAUUCAUUUCUGUUAAUCGUUUAAUUUGUUUCAUUAUGUAGCAUUCAUCGCAAAACAUUGCUUUCGUGGAACCUUCUUAAACCGUUUCCUUCCCUCGAAGACUACUGUCUGAUAUACUGAACACUCCGCUGUUUCUUUCUUAAGACACAAAUUAAUUAUCUUGUACUACUAUAUUUUCUUCUCCGUUCUUUUUCUUUUUUCUCCUAUUUACAUGUGUGUGUGUGCGUCUGUGUGUGUGUGUGUGUGCAUGUCUGUCUGUCUGUAAGAUUUGUACAAGAUUUUAAUUCAUAGAAUCAUGCGACUAUCACAGUAAGCUCCUCUUACGAAUACUGGCUAUCAGUCUAAACAGUAAUCAAUUACAAAAAGGUGCAAUAUAAAGUGUCCAUGUAACUGAAAAUACCGAAAAGCCGAGAGAUAAAUUUAUUUUGUGAGGAGUGUGUAAAACAUAAAGUCAAGAUGAAUGAAAGGUGAGUAUGGAUUUAUUUAAUUGCGUGAAUUCCAUAGAAUUCCAUAGCAACUUUCAUCAUGUAGUAAUAAUUUCAGUAUGCAAUAAAUUAUAUGUACAUAUUUGCAUUAAUAUAAAUGCUCAACAUUAUGUAUUACAAUUGUAUAUUCACAAAUUAACGCAAAUAAAAAAAAGCUAGCUCGUCAGAUUCCCAGAACAUCAUGAUUAGUGUUAAAU